CGACGCCAAGCCAGAAAGAGUGAGUGGAGCAAGAGGCGAGAACCAGUUAGCGUUGAGCCUGUCACUGGUUGUCAGCCCAUCGCUUUCUUUACUUGAGGUAGAAUAAUAAAUAUAAAGCUCGUUUUGACUUUCCCACCCGUCUCACCUUGAUCCUUUCGCCUCCUAUCUUGCUCCUAUCAAGCUAUUCUCUCCCCAGUCUUUCGUUUUCAUCUCGAGUCUACAUCUUUACUCGAAUACACUCGUUCAACUCAAGACUCACCCAAACAACAUCCUCCAAAAUGUCUACCACCACCACCUCCGUCGCCGCCAGCGCCACCGCCUGCAACACCUUGUCCUACUGGCAGGUCCCCGUCGAGGAUGCCGCCUGUGUUCUCCCCAAGACCGGAAACUACUCCGACGUGAUGGACAAGUGCUGUACCCCCGCCAAGGUGACCGAAUUCGACAACGGCUGCGGCCUCUACUGUCUCGCCCAAGGCCAGAGUGUCGGCGACCUCAAGGACUGCCUGCGCAAGGAGGGCGCCCAGGACGGCCGCGAGUUCUACUGCAAGGGCAACGAUACCGCCACAGCCACGGCCUCCGCCCCGUCCUCCACCAAGACUGGCGACAAGACCGGUACUUCCACCGGCAGCGGCGCCUCCUCUACCUCCUCCGACAGCGCCGGCUAUGCCAUCCAGCCUGCUGUCUCCAAGGGUGGACUUGGUCUCUUGGCUAUGGUCUUCUGCUCGGCUUUGAUGGGUGUUAUUGCCUAGAUACUUUUUCCUGGUGGUUGGCUUCUGGUAAAUAAUGGGAGGGAUCUGUCUAUGUGCUUGUUUUCUCGGCGAUUCGUCUUGCGAUGCAUCGGGCAGGACAUAUUUAAUACCCUUAUGAUAUGACCUGCUGUAUUAUAAUUUUUUUCAUGGUUUGGAUGUCGGUCGGGAUUGACCUGGGCUAUUCUAUUCUAAUUUCGACAAGUGAAAAUUUUGAUCUUUUAUCUGAAACUUGACGUACUCCGUAAAUAUGGAAACUCGAAACCGAGGAAUUUGGUGUUUUCCAGAUAAGGUAUGAUUGACGGCUGUCGAGUCAUGGUCCACUUUUAGACUUGCCGACUGCCGGAUCCUCGGUCGCAUUGUCUUGUCUGGAAUGGAAGAUCUUUGUUUCUAUGGAAUUGUAGAGAGUCGCACAAAGGGUACAUGCAAAUGUACC